AUGUCCACCUUCGAGCCAGUGGUCGUCAUCGACGGCAAGGGACAUCUCCUUGGUCGCCUGGCCAGCAUCGUGGCCAAGCAGUUGCUUAAUGGCCAAAAGAUUGUCGUUGUGCGAUGUGAAGCACUAAACAUCUCUGGCGAAUUCUUCCGCGCUAAACUGAAGUACCACGCCUAUCUGCGAAAGAUCACUCGUUUCAACCCAACUCGGGGGGGUCCUUUCCAUUUCCGUGCUCCUUCCCGUAUCUUCUACAAGGCCGUCCGAGGCAUGAUUCCCCACAAGAGCUCCCGUGGUGCCGCCGCCAUGGAGAGACUGAAGGUCUUCGAGGGUGUCCCACCACCAUAUGACAAGAAGAAGAGAGUUGUUGUUCCCCAGGCCCUCCGAAUUCUCAGGCUGAAGCCCGGCCGUAAAUACUGCACUGUUGGACGGUUGAGCCACGAGGUUGGCUGGAAAUACCAGGACGUCGUUGCAAGACUCGAGGAGAGGAGAAAGGUCAAGGGUUCCGCAUACUACGAGCGCAAGAAGGCCGCGCGGAGACAACUUGCACAAGCCCAGAAGACUGCCAAUGUCGAUCAGAAGACAAAGGAUCAAUUGGCGGAGUAUGGUUAUUAG